AAGAAAAGAAAAGAAAAGAAAAGAAAAGAAAAGAAAAGAAAAGAAAGAAAAGAAGAGAAAAGAAAAAGAGAAGAAAAGAGAAGAAAAGAGAGAUGAAGAUGACAAACAGGCCUAGUUAAUGAUUUGCAAGGGCUUGGGAACAGAGGUGGGUUUGGUUCCAUCUUCAUAUUAGCAACCAAAUAAAUGUCUGGCAGAAUCCCUGCAGCUAAAGAAUAAAUGCCAGGAGUAGUAGUCUCAGGGGUGAUUUUUAGCACUUCGACACAAGCUAUGAACCAUACUACAUCUCUUCUUGAGAGUCGGGUCCCCUGCAGGAUUUAUUUCUGCGUCAAGGAAGAUUACAGCUAAUAGGAUUUGCCUCUUGGAGGCUCUUGGUAUGUUUGGUGCAAACCCUGGUCAUUGCUUUCUUAAAGGAGAAUAUGGACACUAUUUGUCGUAUUUUUCUUCUUCUUCUGGCCUUCCACAAGAUAAACCCUUCUGUUUCGUCUUGUGUCACAGGAUGCUCUUGUUCUCAAGACAGCUUUGGAAGGAGUUUGCUCUGCAUGUCUGCACUGCUGAGGCAGAUCCCUGCAAAUAUCCCUCAGGACAUCCGGAAAAUUAGAAUAGAAAAUUCUCACCUAACAGAAUUGCCUCGCGGGUCUUUUGAGAAUGUUAGUGCCUUGGAGUAUCUCUGGCUCAAUUUUAACAAUAUCACGGUGAUGCACAUCAAGAGCCUGGAAUAUCUGCCGGCUCUGAAGGAGCUACGCUUGCAAGGGAACAAAUUAAGUUCAGUGCCAUGGACAGCAUUUCAAGACACCCCAGCUCUGAAAAUCCUGGAUCUGAAGCACAACCGGCUGGAUGUCCUUCCAGAACAUGCACUCCGCUAUCUGCCCAACCUGACCUAUUUAGAUCUAUCCUCAAAUCAGCUUACUGUCAUAUCCAGGGAUGUCUUCUACAGCUGGCCUGUCUACCAGAGAAGCCAGAGGGCGGAGGGGCAGAUAGAAGCUAUUUCCAAUGCAGUCCUGGCCCUUCAUGACAACCCCUGGAUUUGCGACUGUCGCCUGCGGGGAUUUGUCCAGUUUAUUAAGUCGGUUGGCCCACCUAUUAUUUUGAUGAAUUCCUAUUUAACAUGCUCAAGGCCAAAAUUCAGGGCAGGGAAGUUUUUUCACGAAGUGGAGCUCAACAGCUGCAUGAAGCCCCUGACCUCAGCCCUCGACACCAACCUGACAGUCCCAGUGGGGCUGAACAUCACCCUGACCUGCUUCGUGCAAGGCAGCCCUUCCCCAGCUGUCUGGUGGACCUACGCACUCAAACUUUUAAGGGCAUUUAAUGUGUCCACCGAACCCAUCAGCGAGGAGACCGUCCGCUCAGAGCUGCUUAUCCCGGCAGCACGGCCAGGGGACGCCGGCAUCUACACCUGCACGGCCGCCAACUUCUUGGGCAACACCUCAGUGGCAAUCACCCUCCACGUGGGAGCCUCGUGGGCACCCACCACCCCCCCGGGCUGGGCCCCCAUCGCCCCUGCUGAGCCAGGCACGCAUGUAGAAGUGCGCAUCGCCAAGCAGACAGUCUAUGGCAUCACCUUGGAGUGGUUUGCAGCAGCAGCUGCAGCAGCAGAUCCAGGUGAGACCUGGUACACCCUCCUGGUAGGCCGCUACGAUGCCGCCCAGAAGGACACCAUCUACAUUGGCCCUGGCGUCAACACCUACUCGGUGACCAACCUGCUGCCCGCCACCAAGUAUGAGGUCUGCGUGGCUGUGCGCAACCAGGCGCCCCGCAAGGGCCAGUGUGUUGUCUUCGUCACGGGCAAUGACGUCAGCCAGCUGGAGCAGCGUGAGAAACUCAUCCACAUCAUCGUCAUCGUUUGCGCCAUGGUGCUGGCCGUGCCUGCCGGCAUGUAUGCCUGCACGGCUGAGGCUCGCCCCGGCUGCCUGGCCCGCUGCUCUGGCGCCUGUCCCCGCCGGCGCCGCGGUGGCCAGGCGCAGGCUGCUGGCAGCAAGGAGAGUACGCUGGACAGCCUGCCCGCCGGCAGCGAGGAUGGGCUCUGCCGCCAUGAGGGCGGCCGUGGCACCCGGCAGCCCCCGGCCCGUGAGGAGCCCGGCAAGACCCGACCACCCCACAGGAACAGCGCUGACCUCUACUAGUCCGGCUGCAGCUGACCUUGAGCCUUGGUACGUGCUGGUUUUUUUAAAGGACCAUGCAAGGAAGGCUUCUGGCUGCAAAGACUUGAGGCACAGCAGGAAGCACAACCAGGAUUCGCAGCAGGCUUGGGGAGCCCUGGGAAUGAGGGCCCCCAGGCUGUGCGGUGCUCCCGCAUCCCCCCACAGCACUGCCAUGGAGCAACGCACACAAAUACACAAGAAAACAAGCAUUAACAAAAAACCCCACCAAACCAAAACCAAUAACAAGGCAUGUAGCAAAAGGCCAAAGGUCUCCUCAUGCUCACACACACAGGUGUGUCUUUAUCUCACCCAGCAGGGGCAGGAGGGCUUGGAGGGGCAGGAGAGGAGGGAUCUUUUACUUGUGUCCAACCAUAUCUUAGAGGACCAUUUUAGCUUCACACUAACACACUCCUUCUCUCUUUCUCUAAGACUAACGCACAGAUAUGCACACACACACACACAAACACAUCUAGCACCUAUUGCCACACAAAUGUUAUGUUAAUAUGCUAUUUUAAAAGUUAAGAACAAGAGCUGUUGAAAAAGGAACAGUUUGUCUUUUGCAGGCAAACAUUCAACUGCUGUUUUCCCUUCCACUUGUCUCCUCUUUUCCAGGAUGGUGCAAUGGCUGCAGGGUGACACAGAAGGUACAGGGACACUCAGCCUGAACCAGGCAGGAGGGACAAGUGGCUGGGGGAGAGGGGAUGGUGGAGCCAGGGUUUGGGAGCUGAAGGUGCAAGCCAGGCACCUACCCCAAAUGCAGACUGGCCACCUGCCCGUCCUGCUGCUUUGCAUCCAAAGCUUGCCUCCUUUCUAGAGGCAAAAAGCCCAAAAAAUGCAUGUAAAAGCAAACAGCUCCUACUCACCAAGCAGCUCAUGCUGUGUUCCUCAGGUAUCUGACAACAUGUGACUUAUUUUUUUUCAUUUUUUUAGCCUCAUACUUUCCAGCACAACCAAAGCACGUAGCUGAUAGACCUGCAGCCUUUCUCCUAUGUGUUGUUAUAGUCCACCUCAAAAAGAAAAAAACUAGAGUAGAAACGUCAGCUGCAAGCAGAGAUAAAGCCUAAUGUGAGCUUCACUAUAUGGCAGUUCAGCUUUCUCGUUGUAUUUUGUUGUUAUUGUUUGUGUUGUUUUUUUUUUUCCCGUGAGUGUUUUCUGUGCCGUGUCUCCUCAGCCCCCACGUUUUCUCCCCCAGCACCUCCUUCUGCUGUAACUGCACAGCUUUUGAACAGAGACCUGUUUUGUCAAUGCUGACUUGGUGUUAUACUUCAAGGGGGUUCCUAGU